AUGCAGGCACUCGUACGCAAUAAGAUGACGGCCGAACAGGCUGUGGCCCUUGAGGAUGGAAACGCCCAUCCCUUUCGUCCUGGACUGCACACAGGCGGUUUCUGGGACACCGGGGCGGGAAAGACUACCCAAAUCCCACAGUUCAUUUUCUUCGAUGAAUACGCUAGCGGAAAGGUCAUCGCAUGUACCCAGUCACGAAUACUAGCAGCGACUGCGGUGGCGCGACGUGUUGCUACCGAGAUGGAUGUACCUCUGGGCCAAGAGGUGGGUUAUAGUGUCCGGUUCGAUAAUGCUACCAGCGAUAAAACCCGGCUUAAGUAUAUGACCGACGACCUGCUUCUGCGAGAGGCUAUUGAAGACGGUACCUUCUCCUCAUACAGCUGCGUUAUCAUCGACGAGGCCCAUGAGCGAACUAUGUCUACGGACAUCCUUAUGGCUCUGCUCAAAAAAGCAGUUGCGUCCCGAUCUGACUUGAAGGUCGUGAUUAUGUCGGCUACGCUUGACACUGGAACGUUCACAAAUUACUUUGCCCCGUCCGCUUCCACAUUUCGGGUAGAUGGGCGGGCACAUCCUGUCGAAAUCCAGCACAUAUCGGGGGCGAGCCCCGAUUAUUUUCUUUUGUCUCUAAACCUCGUCAAGCACAUUCACGACAGCCUGGGGCCUGGCGACAUUCUCCUUUUCCUUCCAUCUGUGAAGGAAAUAGAGGAUGCGUGUUCGAUGCUUCGAACGCUUCGAACGAGCAUAGCAGGCAUGGAUGUGUUGCCUCUCUACGCCUCCCUCCCUCCCUCUGACCAAGACAAGGUGUUUUGCCAGUCAUCUAUGCGGAAGUGCGUUGUCACAACAAAUAUCGCCGAAACCAGCUUGACGAUUGAUGGAAUUGUCUAUGUCAUCGAUCCAGGUGUAUCCAAGCAGUCUGGCUACAACCCGCGUGCUAGUCUGAAAACCCUCCUCACAGCGCCCAUUUCAAGAGCCUCGGCCCGACAGCGAGCAGGUCGAGCUGGCCGCACUGGACCAGGCGUUUGUUUUCGACUCUACGAUGAAGACACUUUCGACAACAUAUUGAUGCUCAAAAGCAUGGGUUACAAUGGGGUUGGCAGGUUUGACUUUCUCACUCCACCUCACCCCGAGGUCUACCUGCGUGGUCUGGAGGAGUUGGGAAUCUUCGGCUACUUGGAUGAUGGUAGCGCGAUUACCCAAAGUGGCCGAAUGGCGUCCAAGCUGCCGAUCCAUCCAGUUUGGUAUAACGCGAUUGUUGAGGCGAACAAACUUGGAUGUAGUGAUGAAAUGAUCAGCAUUGCUGCCCUCACAAGUAUCCAGAACUCCAUAUUUUGGCGCCCACAUGGGCCACGAUAUAUUGCCGACGCUGCGCGAGCGCGAUUCGCUAACCCUCUUUCGGACCAUAUGACCCAUCUCAACGCGCUGCACGCAUAUAUGGGAACAGAACUUGAAGGAAAUAUGGAUUCGGAGCAGUGGUGCUUUGAUGCUUUUCUUAGUCACCGUGCGCUGAAAGAGGUUGUUGAGAUCCGGAAGCAACUCAAGGGGCUUGUCCAAAAGCUGUUAAAUGAACCGCUUAGGGCAUCGGGUUUCGGUAACGAGAACUACGACAUCAACAUUCGCAAGGCUCUAGCACGGAGCUUCUUCCAUCACUCGGCGCUCCAUUGCGAGAAGAGAGGCGAUGAUAUCUACACGACGGUGCACGGCAACCAUCCGGCUGGUAUCCACCCCGACAGCUCUCUUGUUGGAAUCAACCAUGAGUGGGUCAUCUAUGACACGUUCAUCCACACAGGCAGGCAGUACAUCCAGAUAGUGACUGCGAUUGACCCUGAAUGGAUUGUUGACCUUGAUCACUUCCAGGACGACAAACUCUCGCGGAAGCGCAAUGGAGAACUCAGACAGCCCGAUGUCAAAGCCUCACUCGACAAGGCUCGAGCUACCAGACAACAGGCUACCCCCUAG